UUGUCAACUAUUAGAGAAAUUAAUGGAACAUCAAGAAUCAAGAAUUGAAAAAGGGGAAGUAGUGGAUGAAAAGGAAUUAAAGACAGGUAAAGAAGAAGGAUGUAAAAGAGAAUGGAUGAAUUAAUGUUAAUAUAAAAUAUAGCCAAACUUUUGGAAGAGAAUAUCAUAAAGAUGCUGUCUAGGCUACCACCAAAUGCAACUGCCAAUACAGAGCUAAUAGAAAAAACAAUGGAGAAUAUACCAUUAUGUGAACCUGCGUACAAAGGAUCUCUCUUGCCUCACAAAAUGUUUUCAUAUCCUACAACAGAAAAAGCCGAGGUUUUACCACCCUAUGCAAACCUUACGCCUACAUAUAAUAAGGAUCAUUGGCGUCUAGUCAAGGUGCCACCGUUGGCUACAAGCGACAAUAACAAUAAUAACACCUAUCCUUUGCUUAGUAUGGUAGAACAACAGCAAAUCAACUUUUAUACAAAACCUCCUGCAUUUAUUCCUCCACAACAAUUUAUUCAACAGCAACAACAACAACAACAAAAGAUGGCACCUCCUGUUGGACAAGGCUUUGUGCAGCAAAGAAAGUAGGGUAUUAUAGAAUAAAGACAUAUCAUAUUAAUGUGCGGUUGAUAACAAAGAAAUUUAAAAUAAAGAGCGCACACUUUAUCUUUU